AAACCGACAAAGCUACGAAAUGGUCGCGGGAUCCGUCUGGCGGUGAAGAUUGCUCUCGAAGACCGUACUCCGCCUGCCAUCUCACACAAAGUUCAGCAUGGAGCAUCUACUAGUAUCGACAAGCUCCGAUGCCAGCUAUCGCUCGUCAACGCCUUGUGAGUUCCAUUGUCACUUGAACCGGGCCUGGCCGAUCACGCCUCCUCAGGAUGCGGGGGACGGCGACCUCUUCAGAUGCAUUGUCGAUCACGGCCGAAAUCCGUUCUCCAUCGUUUGGCAGGGAUCUCCGGAGUACCCUGAUCUUAGCAACUUUCCUGCUCUCGACCGCGUUGAAGUCUUCCCGUUACCGCUAAGCCCCGCUCUCGCUGCGAUCUGGAGGAAUUCGGCGCUCCUUGAUUACGGUUCCUACGCGUCCAUCCGAGCCUCGGAGCAUAGUCGCUUUCCCAUUCUUAAGCUCGCCCAUCCGGACACGCAAUCCCUCGAGCUUAUCGAACACGAGUUUAAUAUCCUCACCGAUUUACAGUCGUUAGGCCUGCCGGUUCCAGAGAUCGACACGCAGCCCAUUGUGGACGGCGGGCGCAUCUGCGGCUACCGGAUGAAAGCGUUAAGUAAGCUCAAACAAUACGAGCUACACCAUCGGCAGCACGACAUUCAACGUGUUCUUCUGCGGCUCCACUCUGCUGGAUUCUGCAAUGGGGAUGUGACUCCUAGUAACAUCAUGAAGGACGGUAACGAUCGGAUUAUAUUGAUUGACUUUGGCUUCGCGGGGCGAGUAGGGAGCGCCGUCCCCCCCUUCAUUCCUAACUGGGUAUAUGCCAGUGGCAUCUUCGAGGCGGAAGGCGACUUGAAAGCAUUCAAGAGAUUCAUCAGAUAGCCCCUGAACCUUUAAGGUUUAUGGUCCUUGCACCAUCCCGACCAAAAUGCGAUCGGUACCUCCUCAACGCCCUUACAAUUUGCCGUUCCUUGUUUGCCGCAGGUCUGUAGACUGCCAGCGUUGACAGUGCAGCCGCAGUUGGACCAUUUUCUGACCUCUUGUUUGCACAUGUCGGAACCCGCUGUCGAGGGCUCUUGUCCGAAGCAUGCAAGUCGUUAGCAGACACAUAGUUCAACCAAUACACC